UACACUACAGACUGAGAAAGAUGAGCGGAAGUCUAUAGCUUUAUUAUAUAACGUGUUCUCUCCCUGUCUCUUCCAGUCUGUUAGCAGUUCCAAUAUGGCACUAGAGGCCAGUUACUACAGCAUCAGACCAGAGGCGAAGAACAACUGGCGAGAACUUAAUUUAUCAAAACAAGGACUCCACUCCCUGCCUGAGGGGCUGGGAGAGAGGGUAGAGAAAGAGAAGGUAACAGACCUGGACUUGUCUAGGAACUCUCUCUCUUCUACGAGUCUCCCCCAACUCUCAUUGUCACUGAAUUUGAGAAAAAUUGAUUUCAGUCGAAACGAGUUCACUGAGUUACCCCUUGAGGUGUGUAGCAUAGCCUCACUCCGGGUCCUUCUCCUUAAAUGUAACAAGAUCAAGUCUUUACCACAAGAGAUGGGCUCUUUGCUUCAGUUGGAGGAGCUUAAUUUGAGUGGGAAUGAAUUCAAACAGUUUCCGUCUCCUCUCCUCUCUCUCUCUCGGCUAACCUUUCUUCACCUUGGGGCCAAUAGGCUCCAGGAGGUACCUGCUGGAAUAAACAAACUCACAGAGCUCUCUUACCUUUAUCUUGGUGGUAACAGACUCCAGCACGUCCCUCCAGAGUUGGGUCAGUUACAUAAACUGGAGGCGCUGGUCCUCUCUGGUAAUCAGCUCCAGUAUCUACCCUCACAAUUCAAAGGACUCAUGUCACUGAAGUCCCUUCAUCUUCAUGACAACCAGCUCCAGACCCUACCACAGAGCAUCGUUAGAUUGAAGAACCUUCAAGAGCUCAGUCUCCGUAACAAUCCCCUGGUCCUGAGGUUCAUACGAGAGUAUUCCGGAGCGAUACCUUCACUUCUGGAGCUAUCGGGUCGAGCAGUGAAGCAUCACGCUAUACCCUACACUCCAGAGAUAAUACCAGAGACACUUUGUGACUUCCUCAGUCGAGCUCGCAAGUGUGACAAUCCUUCCUGCUCUGGAGUCUACUUUACUUUGCGCAGUCGCCGAGUAACGUUUGUUGAUUUCUGUGGGCGGUACCGGGUCCCUCUCAUGCAGUACCUGUGCUCUGAGCAGUGCCAAGGAAGUGACGAUGUUUUUAAUUAUAGUUCAAGCUCAGAGGAUGAGGAGGAUUUCGUAUCAGCUGAAAGAAUCAAACGAGUUUUACUAGGUUAAGAAACUUGUGUAUGCAUGAACAUCAGUUCAGUAACGUAUCUUGUAAUGUUAAACACACAUACAAUCUUUACAGUGUCAUAUAUUGUCAUUAUUAUUAUUAUUAUUAU